AUCCGGUCGUUGCCCACCCCCUUCCCUCCUGCUGGAUCGCAACACCAGCUUGCUUCGCCUGCUUCCCCCACCAGCCCAUGCUGCCGUGAUGGAGUCGCUCCCGCCCCUGUCAUCGAUUGUUCCCAGUCUGCCCCGGCAACCGGCAACUCUGUCGGUGACAUCGCCGCCGUAUUCGGCCCGGCACAGUAUGCCGCCUGCCACCCAUCCCCAGGUCCCGCCCCAGGCCCAACCCAGCUCGAUAUCGCUCCCCUCCAUCUUUGGUCGGGACCAGGCUCUGCCGGCCCCAUCUCAACAGUCGCACCCGCCUCAGCAAUCACAGCCUUUGCACCCGUCUCAGCACCCUCGUCCUCCUCAUCCUGCCUCGCAAGUCUCCCCUCCUGUCCCUGCGUCCCGGCCGCUGACCACUCUCGGCCAUGGCCAUCUCCAGCCGCCUCAGCCCCCCCGUCGAUCGCCCGAGUACCCUUCGUCGCAGUACCACCCCCAACAGGACCUGCUCAAGCGAAAGUACGAGCUCGACUCGCCGCAUGGCGACCCCCAGCAUCUCCCGGCGCACUGGGAUUCUGCCAAACGCUUCAAGCACACUGUGCCUGCACACCCUCCAUCGACACAGAGGCUGUCACCCCCUUCGCCACGCAAUCGCCAGCCCGCCCCGCAGCCCUCGUCGGUUUCCAACCGAGACUUUACGGGUGCCUAUCCGGGAUCUACUUCCGCGGUCCACGCAAAGCAGCUACCGCCUGGCCAGCCCGGAAUCGGCCGCCCCAUAGACCACCCGGGCCAUUCUCAUCCGCAGCCUCCACAAGCCUCUAUCGAACGCCGGCGCCCGUCGAUGCCCAUCUUGCCUCCACCGGGUGGGUCUCGCUCGCUGCCGCUCUCGCCGUCACCGACGCUGCCCAUCCGAUCCAGAUCCAUGUCUCUUUCUGAGCCCAGACCCAGACCCGGCAUCGGCAUGCCUGGCGCUUCGUUCUUGGGCGGCCAUGCGAACCAGCUGCCCCUCUCUGCCUCGGGCUUUGCCGAUGGCCGUCGACUGGAUCUGCCCUAUUCCCACGGACACCGCAAUCGCCCUGGACCCCAAUCCCAGCUGCUGUCCCCUGAUUCUCGCACGCCGUUCGAUGUCGGCCCUGGCGGGGCCCCUCGGAUGUAUCCGCCACCUCCACCGCCGCCGCCGCCGCCGCCGCCUCCACAUCUGUUGCAUGCCAGAGGCUUUGAUGCAGCGCUCCGCAAGCCCAAGAUAGCCGAGCCACCCCAGUUCAACUGCCACGUUUGCAACCGCCAGUUCACGCGUCGCUGGAACCGGGAUCAGCACUUGAAGAUCCACGAUGCCGGCCGCGAGAAGCAGUUCUGGUGCCGGCCAUGCGGCGCAUCGUUCUUCAGGCUGGCCGACCUCAACCGCCAUGUCAACAACCACUCCAUAUCCCAACUCUUGCACAAGCACCAACGGUAGCCAAGCAAGGCCGUCCGUGCGGCAACGGCCGCUCUCUCCCUCCCCUCUUGCCCACUUGCCCUAACUGUCGGUGGUGGUGAUGGUGGUGAUGGUGGUGGUGAUGGCCUUGUCUCUGCUUCAGCUGGCUGUGCAGAUCGUGGGUCCUUGGGUCUUGGGUCUGGGCAAUGAGCAUGGGCCUGGGAUGUCUCAUACCCGUGCCGCCCUGCACGAUCGUCUCCUCCAUCUGGUCAUCUCGGUUUCUCUGAUUGCACGUUUCCCAUACGC